AUGCGCGAUGAGCCUCUGUCAGCCACCGUCAUGACCCAGCCCAGGAGGAAGAUGAAGUAUCCAGGGACCGGCCCAGAGAACGAAGGCCCAAGAAGCCGAACCCACGAGUCUAUGGCGAGCAGUCCCGACCAGAAGGCGCUGCUGGCCGAGCUCGAUAAGCGCUUCGCCGCCCAGGAGAAGCGAUUCGAUGGCCUAGAGCGGAAGCUCGAUUCAACCGCGUCGUCGUCUUCCACCCGUCUGGAUGCCUUGGAGUCUGCAGCCAAGGUGUUCGACGAAUGGCACCCAGGAGUCGACGGCGUCAUCAGGGACCUGCGCAUCGAGGUCAACAAGCUCGCAACACUGAAGCUUGAAGUUGGGAAGAUCUCCAAGUACAUGGAACGCUCGAUGGUGGACGGCCCGUCAGCGACUCCCGGGGUGUUCGCGACUGCGCCCGCCACCAAGUACGCUUCGGCUCCCCCGUCGCCAUGCGCGUCGAUCCACGACGCCAAGCCCGUCAUCACUCCGAACUUCAAGUCUGCCGGCUUCGGCGACUUUCAGGCUGCCCCAUGCCCAUCUGUGGGAUCUGUAGCCCCUCGGCCCAACGGGCACCGUGUCAAAAUUGGGAACUGGGAAGGUGAAUUCAGAGUGGUUACCACUCUGAUUCCACCUCCCGGCAAGGAUGACCUGAAAGCCUAUACCAAGCACCUAGACCCACUCUAUUAUACUCAGCAUUUUAUUGAUGGUUUGCGUGAUGAAAUCAAAGCUGUUCUUCUUGUUCAACGUCCAUCCACUUUGGAUACUGCUUGUGUGCUUGCUCAAUUACAGGAAGAGGCGCUGGGACUCAACAAGUGGCCUACUCGGUGUUUUGAUACAUCACCUGCUUACAAGCCGGCAUGGCCUGGUGCCAUGGCUCUACCUCCACCGCCACCGAAGCUUGCUGAUGGCGAGAUUAAGCGGCUUCCCAAUGCUCCUCAUACCUUGGCUGAAGACAAGUUCAAAGCCUUACGGGCCUCUCCGCGCCGCCAGGGUCUGUGUAUCCGGUGUGGCUCAAAAUGGAGCCGUGAACACAAAUGUUCAGAACUGGUGUAG